AUGAGAGUAGACUUUCCUUUCGUCUACCUCAGCAUCAUCCAAGGAGAGGGCGAAGCCGUCAGAGUCAAAGAUCCUCACUGGCGAAACGACUUGACUAAAUGGCAACCAAAAGCCGCCGGUCCUCUCUACCUCCACCGCCAUAUCAUCAACAACAUGAUUGCCUGUCUCAGAAAACCCGACGAGGCAAGAGAGAACUACAAAGUCUUCAAGUUCCAGAUGGCCAUUACAGUUGCCCACGAAAUCGUCCACUUUCUAACUGGUUUGCUGAUUGAUCCUAUUCCACGGCGCCAGUACACCCCUCCUCGCGUUACUCUAGAGAUUUAUGGUGACAGGGCAAAAGGGGAAGCAGGCCGCUUCUUCGAGAAGAUGCUGCUAGGCGGUGUUUUGGAGUGUUAUGAAGAUCCAACCGACCGUCUGGGAGAUCAACAAGCAGGUGAGCCAUGGGUGUUUCCGGAUUCCAAAAACAGCAGCGUUGGACACCGCGUUUCCAUGGCCUAUAUCCACCGGUUUAUCAACAAAGGUUUGCUAUGCCCUCCUACUGCACACCCCGGACUGUCUGCCAGAUCCCGCUUUGUUCAACGCUUCUCAGGACCAGCCCCUAGCAGCGGAACCCGUUCAUCGCCCUCUGGAGCCGGCCAAGUCAACCGUGCCCCUGCACCUCGAACUUCUUACUCUGGUACACCACCGCACGCUAGUCAUCCUCGUCCCUCAUAUGUUAGCUACCCUGCUCCUGAUCAAGCUCGCGGAUCAUAUAUUUCUGGAGAUAGGUACAUCCAUCAAUACCAGCGGUCUUCUGAAGGAGCAAACUGA